AAAAAUUACUUCCGGGACACGUCAACAAAGUCGCGUCGCAGGCAGAUCUCAGUCACUGCUUUCUUCUACAGAUCAUGGAGACUUUAUACAGUGUACCGUUCACCGUGCUGGAGUGUCCAAAUGUAAAACUGAAGAAACCAUCAUGGCUACACAUGCCGUCGGCUAUGACUGUGUACGCGGCUGUGAUUGUGUCCUACUUUCUCAUCACAGGAGGUAUCAUCUAUGACGUCAUUGUGGAGCCACCAAGUGUGGGCUCAAUGACUGAUGAACAUGGACACCAGAGGCCGGUUGCCUUUUUGGCCUACAGAGUGAAUGGGCAGUACAUCAUGGAAGGACUGGCUUCCAGUUUCCUCUUCACAAUGGGAGGCCUGGGCUUCAUAAUCCUGGACCGCUCGAACGCGCCAAACAUUCCCAAACUUAACCGCUUCCUGUUGCUCUUCAUCGGGUUCGUCAGCGUCCUCCUCAGCUUCUUCAUGGCCCGAGUGUUCAUGCGCAUGAAGCUGCCUGGAUACCUGAUGGGCUAAAGACAACACGAGCACACUCGGUAUACUAUGGAUGGACAUUGGUCGUCAAAUUCUUGAGGGCCAAACAGGCAAUUCAACCAAAAUUCUGGAUAAACAUGACCUGUGAUUAAAAUCUACAACCAUAAAGGACUAACAGCACUGACGUUGUUUGAGAAAUUCGACCUGGCUGCGUCUCAUUGGUGUUCAGUGGCUUGCUUUUCUCUCCUUUCUCAACGAGCUGAUCUAGCAGAUGCCCAUAUUCAAAGCCAACGUUUAUUCAGAUUAAACACUAUACUUCGUUGAAGUAUUAAAAAAGGAAAGGAAGUUACUGAACACUAGUGGUGUGGAGCUACUUGUUUGGAAAUUAGAAUUAGCACUGUGUGAAUCAGUUGGAGGAGAGUCUGAAUGUUUCAGUUAUAUGUUUUGUAAAGAAAUCCUUGAUCUUGUCACAGUUGCAUUUUUGUACAACGGUGUGAAAUAAACCUUUUCAGAGCCUC